GAUGACGAUAAACACUGCCAGCUUUGACUGAUUUCAACCUUAUAUCGUGACCUCAAAGAUCACGUGAACAAUGUGACCUUGGGUUUAGGCCAGUUCUAUCCUUCAUCUUUGCAGCAGAGCGGCGGCACAAGAGCCUCCGAUUAGACACGAGCAGGUGACCGGUCUUGGUAACGCCGAGGAAACGCGAGAACAAUAAGUCAAAACGCUCAUUGUCCUAGGCAGCCGAGGAGGCAGAACGGAGUCCGAUCGGCAUCCACUUCCAGUCGAAUCCGCCUGGUGGACGAAGUAUGUUUCGUGGUCUCUGCAUCGAUUACCUACCAAUGCCGCUCUCGAUGAAACCAGACAGUGAACUCGACAUCGCAACAUGCGCGCAUGUACAUCAUAUUGAACGUUUCCUUCGCCUUCCACUAGGCUUUGUCGUGGUCCCUGGCGAGGGGGAUUAAGUUUCUGUUGGAGCGAUUCACCGGGAGUUAAUCGGCAGCAAAUGCCGGAGUAAGAUGUUUUCGCAAUCAAGAUCAUGGAUAGCUCCACAAGUCGAAGAGGCCCGGAACAAGCAACGCUUGAACGAUCGUCGUAAGAGAUUAUGUCCUCAAUCUCCGUUUUGGACGGCGGAUUUCGAUUUGCGCAAACAUAUGAAAGAAUGGAGAGCAAGUCUGGAGCGUAUCAAGAGAAGGCAGGAGGUUUCCCGGGCCAGGGAAAUUCGCGCGCAAUCCAACUUAGAUAUUCCCACUGUCCCAGCAAUCAAGCCGGCCUUACAGGGCAAGCUGUUCGAUACGAAUCAUUCUGCUGUCUUGGCAUUGCCGACAGUCUUUACUCAUUCUCUCGGCCGACGGAGACUCGCGCCAUGGCCUUCUAGGGAGGAAAUGAAAUAUGAAGGCGACGACCGCGUCUCAACCGAUCGUUUGCAUGGUCGUUUCUUACCCGCGCCGAGAGUCGACGAUGACGAGACAGUUCCCUGGAUGCACCGAGCAAUUAUUGCACAGGAGGCGUUGGAGAAUUUCCACUAUCCUUAUCCAUGCGAAGUGGAAAUCUUCCUGCGCAUGCAUUGGGUCCCAGACUUGGAAAUCACCGACCUAGAGGGGCGGAACAUGCUUGGGCGAGAGCUGAUGGAUCUUCUAGAUCCCAAAGAAGUGUACUGAGUAAGUAAGCAAGCAAGCUUUGCGAAGCUGC